AUGAAUUUAAAAUUAAUUUUAAUUGCUAUUUUCUUAGCAUUUUGCGUUUUUGCUAAUGUUUCAGCUGCAUUUGAUCCAAGCCACCCUGGUGCUGAAAGAUUAAGAGAAAUGAGAGAAAGAAUUAGAUCAGAAAGACCAAACAAAAGAAAUGGUGAACCAUCAAAUAGACCAGAAUCACCAGAAAAAAUGAUUAGAGAUUUAAGAAAUCGUAAACAAAAUAGCAGAAAUAGUCAUGCCAAUUAA